CUUAAAUUUGACUUCCUUAUACAAUGGGCAUCAACCCACAUCAACCCAUUCUCUUUCAUUCAUUCAGCGUGUUUGAACAAGCUUUCUUUUCAUUGUUUUCGGUUGCAGUCCCUCUUAUUGUUAAGGCGGCGGAAGAAAGAGAGAGAGUUCACCGACAUCGUUGUUCUGUGGUGAGGAGAAAGAAGUAGAGCUACAAUAGCAGGGAGAGAAAGCUCACCCACAUCGUUGUUAAGUUGUAUGCGACAAUUGGAGUUAGAUUUAGAGGUGCUAUUGAUCCUUGUCAAGGAGGAGGAGGAGAAAGAACAGUUGAGUUGGUUCAAGGUAAGUGAUUUGGACCAGAUCUUUGCAAUUCGGUCACAAUGGCCAUCAACUUGAGCAGCGAAUUGCUGUCCCUUAUUUUGCAGUUUCUCGAUGAGGAGAGGCUCAGUGAAACGGCACACAAGUUGGAACAAGAAUCUGGGUGCUACUUUAACAUGGCGUAUUUUGAAUCCCAAGUUCUGGCUGGAGAAUGGGAUAAAGUUGAGGGUUAUCUUUCCGGUUUUACAAGAGUUCGAGAUAAUGUCCAGUCUGCGCAAACUUUCUUUGAGAUCAGGAAACAGAAAUAUUUAGAAGCAUUGGUCAUGAAAGAUUAUGUAAACGCUGUGGAAAUACUUAGGAAGGAUCUCAAAAUGUUUGAAAAUCUUAGUAGUGUCAUUUACAAAGAGCUCACACAGUUAAUAACUUUGGGAAACAUCAGGAAAAAUGAGAAGUUUUAUAAAUGUGGAGAUACAACAUCCACACGGAAAUCAAUGUUUCUAACGCUGAGAAGGCUUAUAAAUGACAAUCCUAAAAUAUUCAAUAAGCUGAAACUUCCACAUAUUGAAACUUCUAGGUUAAGAAUCCUCAUAAAUCAAAGUUUGAAUUGGCAGCAUCAAAUUUGCAAAAAACCAACUUGUAAUCUUGAUAUCAGAAGUCUGUUUCUUGAUCACAUAUGUGUACCUCUUGGUGGAUCUCAAAGCCACACAAAUAAUUCUAUUGUUGGAGUAAUUCCACAAGAGCCAUUUUCACAUGGAGUUGAUCUCUCUAGUAGUGGUAUGUUGUCUCUUACAACAGGAUGGAUGGAGAAUUCUGAGCAUUCCAUGUCUCAUCCUCUUGUGCCUGUAGGCACAGGGAAUGCAGGUUUUCUAAAACGAACUAGAACACCCACUGCAAAUAGUACUGGAACUGAUUAUCAAUUUGUGAGUCCUGUACCUGUUGCUAAGCGCUCCCGUAUUGGUCCAUCUGAUUUGAAUAAUUCUGAUAGCAACCGACCAACAGAUGUAAAACAAAGUGUUCUAGAUGAGGAUGCAAACAAGAUUAAAAAAGUAAACCUUUCAGGGAUGUCACAUUCAAUCCAUUGUAGGUCUCUCAAAUUACCAGAUCGAACGUCAAAGGAAAAGAUUGUUCAACUACUCUAUACAAAUUCUGGUUCUAAUGUCUUAGCUUUAGACUCCAAUGCUUCUCACAAGCGAUGGAUAUGGACAUGUAAUGAGGAGAAUCCAACUGGAAAGGUGACAACUACUAUUCCAACUGGAUUCGACUCAGCUACACAUGAUUCAUGUUACAAAGAUCCAGAAAAACAGAUCUCAUGCAUGGUUUUGUCAAACAAUGACAAAUACAUAUUAUCCACUUUUGGUGGAGAGGUGUCCUUACUCAGAUUGAAAAAGUUUAAGCCCAUAUCGAUAUUGUUGCCCCCUUCCCCACCAGCAACAUCCUUUGCUCUCCAUCCAGAGGAUAAUAAUAUUGUUGCUUUUGGAUUGGAGAACUCGAAAAUUCUUAUAAGCAAUGUGAAAUCUCAAUCGGCUGAGACGUUGCAAGGGCACCAUCAAAAGAAAAUCACCAGCCUGGCAUUUUCGCUAUCUUUAGGUCUGCUGAUAUCAGCUGGAGCUGAUGGUCUGCUCUGUGGCUGGAGCCUAGAUGGAUAUGUAAUACGGCGAGAACAAAUUGUAUAUCCACAUGGAGAAAGAUUAUCAUCACCACUUGGAAUUAACAAAAUACAGUUUCACAAAAAUCAGGUUCACUUGCUAGUCGUGCAGGAGAACCAAAUUGCAAUUUAUGAUUCUUCUACACUUGAACAAGAUUGCUACUGGGAACCUCAUGACUCAAUGGCUGCACCGAUUUCAAGUGCCCUAUAUUCGUGUGAUAGCCAACUAGUCUAUGCGUGUUUCUGUGAUGGUGCAAUUGGUGUUUUUGAUGCAGAUAUCCUAAGGCCACUUUUCCGUGUCCCUCCUUCUGCAUAUUUGCCAUCAGACAUGAGCAGUGACAAUAUCUAUCCUCUUGCAAUUGCAACACACCCACAUGAAUGCAACCAAUUCGCUAUUGGUUUGACUGACGGGGAAGCGUAUUUGAUUGACCUUAUUAUAGAAUCACAGGGGAAGGAGGCCAUGGACUCACUGGAGAAUGGAGUGGCUGGUUCAGAUCCCUCGACGAGCAACCAUGGUUCAGAAUUACCAAGCUAGCAUGGAAAUGUGACAUGACAAAUAUCAAGCAACAAAUGCCAAAUGCAGUAUUCUGAUUCGUUUAUGAGAUCAUAAUUGUUGCAUUUCUUUCACGAGCAUGCAUACUGCAAACCAUUUUCUUAAGAAGAGGUUCUGAUAUUAAUUCUCUGUGUCCUAAGUUAAUGUAAUGAUGGAAAUCAUGUGUUUGUUUUGACUGAAUAGUCGAGGUUGGCCUAACCAACUGUAAAUCUAAAUGAUUUUGCAAUGUUCUGUUAUUCAUCUAAAAAGAAAAUACAUUAAAAGGGAGAAAACUUUCAAGUUCCCCUAUUAGAAGAGCCUGUUCAGUGGAGAGGGUAAGUAAUUUGGUAACUAACUUGAAAUGGAAUCAUUCAUAACACCCUACCUAGCUUCGAAAAAGAAUGGUACCCUCCACCUCUUGAAAAGGGGCAGAUUGAAACAUGCUGCUUUGUGAUUGUAUUAGAGUAGGUUAUUGACAAUUUUAAUGCCAUACUAGAUUGUUUGUA